UCAAAACGGAGGACCGGAUGGACGGCAGGUAUGAGCAUGCCAGCCUGGGAUCAACCAACAACAACCGCGCCAACCCUCCUCCGGGUGGGAGCAGCUCCGUCCUCGGGUUUAAUCAUUAUUAUGGGAAUGGGAGAGGAGGGCCCUGCUUCGAUCAACAUGGCGGACAACAAAGCCCAGGGACUGGGAUAGUGCGCUCGGUGCACAACACCAUGGAUCAGGUCCAAAACUCCCACGACGGGUACAGCAGCCCGUACAACCACUACCCGAACUAUCGACCCGGCUUCGGGAACAGUGGGUACGGAGGAAUGAUGAGCCCCUCCCGGCAGGGGAAUAUAAACCUGGCCGGCCCUGGCAGCAACACGGCAGCGGCUCAUCUCGGCAAAGUCGCUACCGCUUCCCCUGCCGGCGGUGCUGGCAACGCCGGUGGGUUCCAGAGAUUCGCCGCCCCGACUCAGCAGCAGCAGCAGCAGCCGCAGCCGCAGCAGCAACAGCAGCACCCAUCAGGGGCCACCCCGACUUUAAACCAGCUGCUGACCUCCCCGAGCCCCAUGAUGCGGGGCUUCGGGAGCGGUUAUCAGGAUUUUAAUAAUAAUCCCGCGGCGCAGCAGCAGCAGCAGCAGCAGCCGGGUAUGGGCCCGGGCAAAGACACGGGCUCCCGGUACGGCUCCGCCGCUCACGGCUGGGGAGGAGGGCAACAAAGGAGUCAUCCCGCCAUGAGCCCCGGCAGCACUGGGCAGGGCACCGGGAGGUCCCAGGUGCCACCAAUGGAUGCCAUGGCAAUGAAACGCUCCCAACUCUAUGGCAUGAGUAGCAACCCUUACUCCCAGCAGCAGGGGGCGCCCUACCAUGGCCAGCCCUAUGGCUCCCCUUCCGCUCACCGGUAUCCGAUGGUAAUGCCCAGCCGAGGUCAGAUGACCAUGGGAGGGAUGCAGUACCCUCAGCAGAUGACGUCCCAGUAUGGACAGCAGCAGGGCAUUGGGGGAUACUGCCAGCCGGGCCAGCCCCCUUACUUCAGCCCUCCCCAACAGCAGCCUGCAGCCCCCAGCCAGCCGCCUUACAUGCAGCCUCGCCCCCUGCCCCAGCAGGAGGUGCCCCAGGAGGCGUAUGGGGGCAGGGGGCAGUCUGCUAUGACCCCGGGCAAACCAAACCAUGAUGACGUGGGACUGAGCCAGCAGGAGAGACCCUCCAGUCUGCCUGAUCUGUCUGGUUCUAUUGAUGACCUACCCAUGGGCACUGAGGCAGUAAUCAGUUCAGCGGUGAGUGGUUCAGGCUCCAGUAGCAGCCAGGGGGAGCCCAGUAACCCCGCCCAGUCCCCCUUCUCCCCCCACGUCUCCCCCCGCCUCCCCGCCAUGCGCAGUGGCCCCUCCCCCUCUCCUGUUGCCUCCCCUGUGGGGUCCAACCAAUCACGCUCCGGACCCAUCUCUCCCGCCAGCGGACCAGGGCCACAGAUGAGUGCCCAGGCCCCUGGAGGUGUGUCCGACGUGGGCCCCCACGGCUCGCUGACUCAGUCCCCCAUGUCUCAGGACAGAGGAUUUCCUCCUGCCGUGCAGCGGAAUGCCUCAGGCUCCCAGUUUGGCCCCCAGCCGCCGGGGCCCCCCAUGUCUCCUCACUCAGCCCCAGGGGGACCGAUGCACCACAGCUCCUAUCAGCAGGGAGGCUCCUCCUACGGCCAGUAUGGACCCCCAGGGAACUACCCCAGGCCCUCUCACUAUGGCGGAGCCGCCAGUGCCAACUACAGUGGCCCGGGGCCCGGCCCUGGCCUCGCCAACAGCCUGGGGAUGAAUGCCAGCAGUCCCAUGCAUGGCCAGGGGCCCUCCACGCCUGCUGGCCGGGGCCUGGGUCCUGGGACAGGGGGUCGUCCUUUUCCUGGCGGCGCUAAUGCCAUGGCCCCCACCUCUCCGGGCAUGCCACAGUCUGCUGGUCAGGGCAUGGGGCCUCCGGCGCCCAACACCAGCCGCAAACCCCCCGAGGCAAGCCCCAGCAGCUCCUCCACCCAGGUCAGACAGGGCAGCUACCCAGGUAUGGGGCCAAUAGGAGCACUGGGUCCCUCAGGCCCCUAUAGCCAACAGCCGGGGAACAACUCUGGGCGGAUGACCCCGCAGAGCCUCCCCUACAACACCGCGCCACCAGGUCUCGUGAUGAUGUCAUCAGAGGGUAUUGGCGGUCCUCCUGAUGCCAAGCAGAGGGCGGAGCUCAGCAAGGAGGGUGCCCCUACCACCACCGAACCAGCCAAGUCCAAGGACAGCUACGGCUCUCAGUGUCUGUCCCAGCCCCCCACCCCCUCCCCCCUGUCCCCCAGUCCAGCUAGUCUGUCCUCCUGUCACGGGGAGGACAGUGAUAGCAUUAGCAGCCCCGCCUGGCCCAAGACACCUGCCAGUCCUAAGCCCAGUGUGGCCACCAUGACCAAUGAAAAUAUCACACGGCUGUACGAGAUGGGCUCGGAGCCGGAAAGGAGGCUGUGGGUGGACCGAUACCUGGCCUUCAUGGAGGAGAGGGGCACACCUGUGCCCAACCUGCCCGCCGUUGGCAAGAAGCCUCUGGACCUAUGUCGACUCUACCUGUGUGUCAGAGAGAUAGGAGGCCUGGCCAUGGUGAAUAAGAACAAGAAGUGGAGGGAGCUGUCCAGUCAUCUGAACGUGGGGACAUCCAGCAGCUCGGCCAGCUCCCUUAAGAAACAGUACAUCCAGUAUCUGUUUGCUUAUGAAUGUAAGGUGGAGAGAGGAGAGGAGCCUCCGCCUGAGGGCCCGGGGCCCACAGGAGACACCAGGAAACCAACACCUCACCAGGCCAAGAUUCAGCCACCUUCUCCUGCCAACUCAGGUUCCCUGCAAGGGCCCAACACCCCCCAGUCAACAGGCAGUGGCUCGCUGACUGAGGCCCCUGGUGACCUCAAGCCCCCUACCCCCGCAUCCACCCCCCACAGCCACAUGACACCCCAGCUGGGCAGCAGGACCAGCGGAGUGAGCGUCCAGGAUCCUUUUUCAGAGGGCAAUGAUCCCACGCUCCAUGGAAAACGUGGCCCUGGGCCUGCCGGAGGUCCCUACCAGCAAGGAGUUGGUCCAACCGAACCCUCCAUGAGGAUGCAGUAUGAGGUCAAAGACCCGUAUGGAACACCCCGGAAGGGUCCAGGGCCCACGGAGUCCUACGGGCCAGGCCAGAUGCCUAGCGGAGCCAUGCAAGACAUGUACCCCUGCGGGCCUCCCUCCGGACCCCUGCCUGGGAUGGGGGUGGGCCCCAGGACCCAGUAUCCCUAUGGUCCUGGGUACGAACGCAGGCCCGACCACGUGUUGGGACCAGAGGGAGGUAUGGCGCCUCCCAGUGGACCCUCUGGAAAUGACCCCAGCAUGUAUCCCAGCACCAGAUACCCACCUCAGAGACAUGGACAUGAUGGCUACGGACAGCAGUACCCCCACAAUAUGCCCUACAGCCCCCACCAAACCCCCAUGUACCCGCCUCAGGGUUAUAAGCGGCCUGUAGAGGGGAUGUACCCACCGGCCAAACGCCAUGAGAGCGAUGCUUCAUGGCUGCAGCAGUACAGCGGGCAGCAAGCUGACCUGUACGCUCAGUACGGAGGGACGGGAGGGUACAUGGGCCCCGAGCGCCGGCCAAUCCAGGGCCAGUUCCCAUACCCUUACAGCAGAGACCGCAUGCCCCCCGCUGCACAGGGCCCCACCCAGCAUGCCAUGAUGAGCGGGGGGCCUCCUGCUGUCUCUGGGGGCUCGGGGGAGGGGCCCCCGGCCAACAUGUGGCACCCCAGGACAGACGUCGGCUACCCUUACCCUGUCCGGCAGGGCCAGGGGCCGCCCUACCCCAGCCUGAGCAAAGUAGAGGAACCAGAAGGAAGGGCCCCUCUGGACUCCCAGUGGCCCUCCAGUCACCCGGGCCAGCGCCAGUCCCCCUACCCGCCCCCAUCCUCCUCUUCCUCCCCAUCUUCCUCCUCCAUACCUCCCCUGCCCUCCCGACCGCCCCUCUCCUCCUACCAGUCCACCCCUCCCAUCUCUAACCACAUCUCCCGAGCGCCCAGCCCCUCCUCUUUCCCCCGCCCCAUGGGAGGCUCUCUGUCCCCCAACGGCGCCACCUACAUGGCCUCUGUGAAGAAGGUGGGUUUGGCUGGCUCUGUGCCCGCCCAGAGCCUCCCCCUCAUCCAGAGAGACGUGGUGUUCCCGCCCAGCUCGGUGGAGGCUACCCAACCCAAACUGAAGCCCAAACGAAGACUCACCAGCAAGGAUACAGGAACCCCGGAGGCAUGGCGUGUGAUGAUGUCACUGAAAUCCGGCCUAUUGGCAGAGAGCACAUGGGCUCUGGACACCAUCAACAUCCUGCUGUAUGAUGACAGCACUGUCGGCUCGUUCAGCCUGUCGCAGCUUUCUGGUUUCCUGGAGCUGAUCGUGGAGCACUAUCGUCGCUGUCUGAUCCAGAUCUUUGGGAUCCUGGAGGAGUAUGAGGUGGGCAACAAGGGCCAGCGGACCCUGCUCGGGCUGCAGCACCACCCUGCCAGGGACCAGACACCAGGUGAGGAGCAACCGGGGAGUCCCCAGCCCGAGACCCAACGGCAGGAGGAGCAGAGUAUACCCAGCAAGUCUUCAGAAGAGAAGGAGGAGUCACUCCUCACAGCAACACCUCCCUUCAAGAGCACAAAGGAAGAGGAGAGGGAUGGAAAGGAGGAAGCUGCUACUGUUACAGAGGAAGAGUGUGGAGGGGGAGAAGAGGAGGAGGAGGAAGAGGUGUGGGGGGGGUUGUCCUCAGAGCAGCCCGAUCCUGACCAGAGCCGGGAGCUGGCGGAGCCUCCGCCCCAACAGGCCAGUAAGUUUGACAAGUAUCCAAUCAAAGUGGAGGAAGGGGAGGAGCGGUGGGCGGAGCUAAACCUGACGGUGGGCUUUACCAGUGGCCUGCUCCACUGGCAGGCUGGCGGAGGAGACUCCACCACUCACAUCCAGACUCACCUGGAGCUCCGCAGUGGGGGCGCCAACCUCCCCGACCCAUUAAGGAGAGGACAGAGCCUGCAGGAGGAGAUCAGGGAGCUGCUGGAGGGAGAAGCAGAGAGCCUGACGGCCCCCCGCGAUGACGGCGUCCGGCCCGACUCCCAACAAGGUCCGCUGUGGGGUGGUGGCUCCACCCUGAGUCCACUCGCCCAACUGGAAGAUGAGCCGCGGUGCAGCGACCAGGCGCCGCUCUCCACUGCCGAGGCCUGGCAGGAUGAGCUCGCCCGCCGCUGCGUUUGCAUUUCCAAUGUGGUGCGCGGCCUCUCCUUUGUCCCCGGAAACGACGCAGACAUGUCGCGCCACCCGGGCCUGGUUUUGAUCCUGGGCCGCCUUAUCCUGCUGCACCACCUGCAUCCCCGCAGGAAAAGGACACCUCCUAGCUACCAGCAGGAGGAAGAGCAGGGCCUGGCCUGCAGCAGGGAUGAGUGGUGGUGGGAGUGCCUGGAGGCGCUGAGGGAGAACACGCUGGUGACACUGGCCAACAUCUCGGGUCAGCUGGACCUGUCACUCUACCCGGAGAGCAUCUGUCUGCCCAUCCUGGACGGGCUGCUCCAUUGGAUGGUCUGCCCCGCUGCCCGGGCCCACGACCCCUUCUGCUCAGCGGGGGGCUCCUCCUCACUCACCCCCCAGAGGCUGGUCCUGGAGUGUCUGUGCAAGCUGAGCAUCCUGGAUGCCAACGUGGACCUGCUGCUGGCCACGCCCCCCUUCAGCCGCCAGCAGAAGCUGUUUGCCACACUGAUGCGCCACGUGGGUGAGCGUAAGAGCCCAGUGUGUCGUGAGAUGGCGGUGGCCGUGCUGUCCAACCUGGCGCAGGGUGAUCCCAUGGCAGCACGCGCCAUCGCCUUGCAGAAAGGCAGCGUGGGAACUCUGAUCGGCUUUCUGGAGGACAGCAAGGCCGCGGCGCAGUACCAACAGAACCCGCACAGCCUGCUUCACCCAGCGGCUGGACCGGAACCGCCCAGCAUUAGCAUGAUGUGCCGUGCGGCCAAAGCCCUGCUGGCGCUGGCCCGGGUAGAGGAGAACCAGCCGGAGUUUGUUCUCUAUGAGAGCCGCCUGCUGGACCUCUCUCUGUCCCCAGCACUCGACUCCUCUGUGGCUGCCAUCUUGUGCGAGGUACUGUUCAAACUCAGCCGCUCGUGACACGCACACAGGCACAGAGCGCGCUCAGUAGGCAGGGUUCGGAAGAGCCCCACCCACCUGCAGCGAGCACUAAGGCACCGUCUGGUAUUAUAUUUUUAUUUAAAGAAGAGAACAGGAAAAUGUUUUUAAAUACAAAUGAAUAUAUAGAGAAUAUAUAUGGUUCCUCUGCUCCAUCCACAAAGGUUUAUUUGGGAUUUUUAAGUAAUUUUAAUACAAAAAUAUUUAAUACUUGGUAUUUUUAAUUUUUUUUCUAUUUUUAUUUUGUUGGUUUUAUUCAUUUUGUUUGGUUUUCGCCAAAGUCGGCUCAUCGGCGAUGGAGAACGCUGGUCUUGGGAGCUCUCUGGGUGUUUUUAAACGGAUGUGGCGGUUUGGUUUCUUUCUUCGUUUUUCUGUUUCUGCGGUUCUGUCGGCUCUGGUGUUCUGUUUCGGGGACUGCGGGGUUCAUCCGGUUUAUUUAAAUAGCGACAUGUGUUGUACAUAGACCUCCUCUCUUUUCAUGUGGUAUGGCAGGAAACACUGAGCUCCUCACAAUAUUCAGUCCAGGUUUCUUGUUCUGGGUAAAAUCAACUGCUGUGCAAUAGGGUUUAUUAGGCUCGGGUUGUUUUUCUUUUGUUUGUUUGUUUGUUGGGGGGGGGGUACUAAAUGUGAAUCAUUUGACCAUCAGCAAUUAGACCAUCAGUAUUGGCGAAGCAUACCAGUGUGAGGUGAAGGAGAAUCCCUCACUCUGACUUCAGAUCAACGUCUAAGAGGCAGUCCGGUAGUCCACUUCUCUACCGGUCUCUCAUCAAUCUGGUUGUUUUGUCAUCGUCUUCGUCUCAGCCCGGCGUGUAAAUACAACUUGUACAUUCAACCGCAAAGUUUGUUUUGCUCGGAGGGACGGUGGCAGGACCGUACCAUCCUCUGUGACGGUAGUGGAUCAUCCAGAUCAACGGUCGUCUUCAGAAUCACGAUACUGUUCGUCUGGAUCGGGAUGUUUGGUCACGCUCUGCAGAGGAGGCGAGGACUGUUUUCUGUGUCGGAUGAGGGGUUUGUGGAGGUUUUGGGGGGGGACACCUCAGCUGUUUUUAUCACGAGGACGAACACGGGAUAAACUUGUUGGACAGAAAAGAGGUCACCUUAACUGACGCAACUUAAAAUCAGUUGUAACGCAAUUAUUAAAAAAAACAACAACUAUCUCCAUCCAGCUCGUCUCCGGUUUACUCUGACGAACAUGGUUUCUUCAGUAUCAGAUGUUUAUACUCGAUGUGCCACAAGAAAACGAAUAAAACAUACAUGAAAUCUGGUCGAGC